GACAGAAACUUGCGAGCGCAUUAAAUACAAUACACAGACUUGUUAGGUGGUUGAGGGUGGGAAGAUAGGUAUCAAGGGUGUAUGGAAACCGUAUAAUCCGUACUGGAGGGCACCCCCCCGUGAGGCAGAUACGCGUAUCACCUUUGAAACCUCCCACUUUAGGACUCCCCGGUGGCGUAAUUUUGGUAACCCUGGGUAAUAAUAGCUGUACUCCGGAGUACAGCGGCCUGUAAGGAGGUAUUCUGUAUUCUGCCCAAACUCGCCGCCAAACCGCCCCACCACGCUUUGCAGACAAACCUCACUCAAGAACUUCAUCCUGUCCUCGACUUUUGUCGUCUGCGUCUGCCUCCUCUUCAACUUAAUUCUCUUCUCUGGAUUAUUCCCUCUCCAUUCUUCUCUCAUCUUCUUGUCCAGGAAUCUCUCCCUCCUCUUCUCUCUCCCUGCGUUCCGUGUGCCUAUCUUGCUGAUACGUUGAUAUCUCCUCUGCCAACUUCCUUCAAAGCUCAGCUGGAGACCCCUCUCUCCGCCUUAAAAAUUCCGCAUUAUUCCAGAUUUAUCCACCGCAAUCAUGGGGAGCUACACUGAUAUCGACCAAUUGGCCAUUAACACCAUCAGAGUGUUGGCUGUUGAUGCCACAUCGAAAGCAAACUCGGGCCACCCCGGAGCUCCAAUGGGUCUGGCACCCACUGCUCAUGUCCUUUUCAACAAAUGUAUGACCUUUAAUCCCAAGAACCCAAACUGGGUUAACAGGGAUCGAUUCGUCCUCUCGAACGGACAUGGUUGUAUGCUCCAGUAUGCUCUACUCCACCUCUUUGGGUAUGCUGUCUCGUUGGAUGACCUGAAGGACUUCCGCAAAAUUGAUAGCAUUACCCCAGGGCAUCCUGAAGCUCAUGAUACCCCCGGUGUUGAAGUAACAACUGGACCUCUAGGCCAGGGUUUCGCCAAUGCCGUUGGCCUUGCCAUCGCUCAAGCUCAUACUGGUGCCGUGUUCAAUAAGCCUGGCUUCAACCUGAUCGACAAUUACACCUACUGUAUCUUCGGCGAUGGCUGCGCCAUGGAGGGUAUUGCCAGUGAAGCGGCCAGCACUGCUGGUCACCUUCAACUGGGCAACUUAAUUUGCUUGUAUGAUGACAACCAUAUUUCUAUUGAUGGCGAUACCAACGUGGCAUUCACUGAGGAUGUCAUGAAGAGAUUUGAGGCAUAUGGAUGGCACACAAUUCAUGUCGAGGAUGGCGACCAUGACCUCGCUGGCAUUGAGGCUGCUAUCCAGAAAGCGAAGCAAGUAAAGGAUAAGCCAACCAUGAUUAAAGUCACGACCACCAUUGGCUUCGGCUCCAAGCUUCAGGGAACCGGUGGAGUCCACGGAAACCCCCUGAAAGCCGACGACAGCCAGAGUGUAAAGAAGCUCUUUGGGUUCGAUCCUGAACAGAGCUUCGUCGUACCCCAGCAGGUCUAUGAGCUUUACCAGAAGAAGGCUACCGAAGGCGCCGCCAAGGAGCAAGAAUGGAAUGCCCUUCUCCAGCAAUACGCAUCCAAGUACCCUACUGAACAUGCCGAUUUCGUCCGCCGUCUCUCUGGAAAGCUUCCGGAAGGAUGGGAGAAGCAUCUUCCUAGAUACUCCCCAACUGAUGCUGCAGUUGCCUCCCGCAAAUUGUCGGAGACUGUGCUUGAGAAGAUCCACGAUGUUAUUCCCGAACUUUUGUCUGGCUCUGCCGACUUGACUGGCUCGAACAACACGAGAUGGAAGAACGCCGUUGACUUCCAGCCACCAAGCACUGGUCUCGGUGACUGGUCCGGCCGCUAUUUCCGCUAUGGUGUGCGGGAACAUGGAAUGGCCGGUAUAAUGAACGGCAUUGCUGCCUACGGAACCCUCAUCCCAGCUGGCGGUACUUUCCUCAACUUCGUAUCCUAUGCCGCUGGCUCCGUCCGCCUAUCGGCACUUUCACAAGUUCGCACAAUCUACAUCGCAACCCACGACUCAAUUGGUCUGGGUGAGGAUGGCCCCACCCAUCAGCCCAUCGAGACUCUCGCCCACUUCCGCGCCUUGCCGAACAUCAUGGUCUGGCGCCCAGCUGACGGCAACGAGACAAGCGCUGCCUACUACUCUGCUUUGACCUCGCGACAUACUCCCUCCAUCCUCGCUCUGACCCGCCAAAACCUGCCACAGCUCGAAGCCUCAACCAUCGAGAAGGCGAUCCGUGGUGGAUACGUUGCCCUAGAGACAGAAAACGCCAACAUUACCCUCGUUAGCUCUGGGUCCGAGGUCAGCCUCUGCAUUGACGCCGCUAAGUACCUCAAGGAGAAGCACAACAUUGUUGCUCGCGUCGUCUCCAUCCCCUGCUUCGAGGUGUUCGACGUCCAGGACAAGGAAUACAGACUCUCCGUCAUUCCGGACGGUAUCCCCUCUAUGUCCGUUGAGGUCAUGAGCACCCUUGGCUGGGAGCGAUACUCGCAUGAGCAGUUCGGCCUCAACCGCUUCGGUGCUUCCGGCCCUUACAAGGAAGUUUACAAGAAAUUCGAUUUCACCCCCGAAGGUAUCAGCAAGCGCGCCGUCGCCACCAUCGACUUCUACAAGGGCUUCCCCGUCCGUUCCCCCAUCAACCGCGCCUUCCAGCAAAUCAUCUAAGCACAUAUAUUUAUAAACUCCGACCUCUAUUCACCAGAAACGUCUCUUGUGGGUGAAGGGUUUUCAAUGAAGUUUAUAAAAAGAAAAAGACAAGGCAUACAAGACUAAAGAGAAGCGAUGUCUUUAGACGGCCACAUACACACGCAUAGUGAAAAGAGGGAGAAAAAAUAAAACACAAGAGAUUCCUUUUUUAUUUUUUCCGUUCGCUGAACUAAAAACUUAAAGUUUUCUAUUUUACCCGUUCCUAUUCCAGCAUUCUUAACUCUAUCCCCGCGUCAUCUUGCAACCCAACCCCAUGGUUUCCACACUUCGUUUUUGUUGAAUUUUCGAGUUUCAUAGAUCUAUUUGUCACGGUUCUUACAUGAUUCAAAAUGAAAAAUACAAAAAUUGGUGUUUUUUAUUAUUUAUUGCUAUUUAUCUCUUACGGAUGUGAUUGCUCUAUUCGGAAUAUAUGGUUUGUAGUCGCUUUGGAGAAAUAUAUGUAAUGUACCCUUACCACGGUCUUAUUAUGUAUUGGUCAUAAUUACCUAGGUUAAACUAACCUCAAAUCGGGCGACUGAGCAAAGAUAGGUAGGGUAAGAUGGGAUAAAACCUCUUGAAAAUGAAUUCCUAACGCUCAUUAGUUGUAUUAUUGUGGACUGGCUUUUUCAUGUUUCUUUUUAUUUAUUUAUUUUCUUUUUUCUCGACUCUCUUGGUAUCCGCCAUGCAUUCAUUCCCCCUUGCAAUCAAAUGUAUGUGUACCAACCCCAGCUCACUGCGGCCCCUCCCACCUCAUAUUUCCUUGCCUAUAUCCCCCGCUAGGUAUUACAUCUCACCUACUCACCCUACAAGUGUAUCCCCCAUUAAUUAAAGAACAACAUCUUAAAAAAGAAACCUGCCCUCACCCUCCUUUACACAUCCAACGCCUUCCUCGCGAAAUUCGGCAACACAAAGCUCGCCCGGUGGAUCUCCUUGUUAUAAUAGCGGCACAGCUUCUCCUCCUCCUCACGCGUCCAGCUGCGCACGGGCUCGCGCACGUCCCGGUCCUUGUCCUUGCAGCAGACCAUGAACCCGAUCUGGCCGGACGGGUAGGUAGGGAUCGUCGUGUAGGCAUACUCGACCACGGGGAAGAUCUCGCGGAUGCUUCGCUUCAGGUCUGUGAUGAGAGAGAGGUGGAGCCAUUGGUUUUCGGCUGUUUGGGGGGAAAAGAUAGGGAUAGCGGGGGGCGUGGGAUUAGUAGUCUGUUUAUGGAAGGUUUGGGUGGAGGUAGCUUUUUUUUUUUUUUGGCUUUGCGUGUGAAGGGAAAGGGUGAGGUGGUGUGGUGAAAGGGGUGAAAGGGGUGAACUGGGGUUAGAGGUGGGUAAAUAAAUAAAACCCCCUCCCCCUAGGGAUAUAGAAGGGCAGUGUGUAUGUUGGUGCAUUUUUAAAUUUAUUUCUUCAAAGGCAGUAAUCACACGUGCAAGAAGGAUUGGGGGAAGGAGAUCGACGAACAACCUUGAGUGGUAACGACACCGCCUUCACGCAGCGCGUUGAACAGCAGCUCGAAGUAUGGUUUCUGGAACAGAGCCUCCGCAGGACCUUCUGGGUCGGAGCUGUCGGUGAUGAUGACAUCGAAUUCGUUCUUGCGAUCUGCGAGGAACUUGAACCCGUCGGCCACAUGAACCGUUACGUUGGGAUGUUGGAAGCCAACGCUCAUUCCGGGGAGGUAUUUUUUGGAGACGCGGAUGACGGCCUGUAUUUCGUCCGACAUAAGGGUUUUUGUCCUGGCAGCUCACACGAAAUCCACUUAUCUGCAUACAUACCUCGUCGAUGUCACAGAGCACAGCCUCCUCGACGCUCUCAUGCUUGACAACUUCGCGCAGGACACCUCCGUCACCUCCACCGAUGACGAGCACUUUUUUGGGGUUGGGGUGGGAGUUCAUGGCGAGAUGCGUGAUCAUCUCUUGGUAUCUAGUUAAUUGGCUAGAGUUAAUCGGAGAAACCACAUUUUAUAGGUAGCGGAGAGGGAAAAAGAGGGGGGGGAAGGGGGGCAACCGCCGUUUGCUGGAAAGGAUUGGGUGUCCGUCUAACAGCAACAUACGAGAAUUCAUCACGCUCUGUGCAUUGGAUGACAUUAUCCAGCACAAGGACAGUGCCGUGGUCGCUGCUCUCGAAUACCAGGACAUCUUGGUAUUUGGAUUUCUCAUGGUGAAGAAUCUGGUUGACUUUCAAGGUCAAUGCCUGGCCUGGCCACAUAUCGGAAACCUCCGAGAACCAGCCAUCUAAUUCAAUUCAAUUGAAUUCAUAACUCCUGAGUUAGUUUGAAGAAAAACGAAGACCUGUAAGCCGCUUCGGUACAGCAAAUUCGUGGGUUGGGUGGGAGAGGUUAUAUUGAGCCAUGAUGAUGAGGCAGCGCACCUUUGAUAGUGGGGUGGGUGAGUUCGCUCAUUGUGCGUUUUUGCAGGGUGGUAAGAGGACGAAAGAUGGAGGGAGUGCAGGAGAGUAGACGGGACGAACAAGAGGUGCGGAACGGGGGUUUAUAUAGGCGCAGCGAGAGGGGUCUGCGGCCGUGAGAUGGCAUGCGGAGGAGGAAGAGGAAGAAGAUGAAGCAGAAGAAGAGCGAGGUCUGAAAGCAGAAAUUAGGGCUAGAACUUUUUGGCUUACCCCGCCAUGACGAAAAUUACACGAACUGCAGAGCGGUUACGGGGAACGGUGCAGUGUAUCGCGGUAUUAUAUGGUAUUGUAUGAUAUCCGUUUGCGUAUUCCGCCGUUUCCACUGUAAUCUAUUGGACAUCUUGCGAUGAGAUGAGUGUAUUGUAAUGACGCCCGGUAUGUAUCUGUACACCAUACAUACGAAAGAUCAAUUUGACAA